CCUCCGCGUGACGGAGUUGGUUUGUUAUUAUCCGCGGGACCGAAUGGACCGAUUUCAUGAAGCAAGUUUAUAAAACGUUUAUAAAACACCCCAAAAAAUCAUACAAACUAAUGGUUCGUUACAUCGAGGUGGCCCUUUAGUGGAGACUAAGUGACUUGUAGCCACCGUACAUGCGUAGUUUGUAAGCUGGUGAGCCCCAGAUAAGGAAGAGUCAGGAUGGCUAACGUUAGUUCACUGGUCAACGAGAGUCCUAUUCUUCUACCACUCAACAAGGACAAGACCAUGUAUGACGGCUUUGUCACGGUCCAGGAAAGAGACUUCAGACUGAGGAUCGGGCUGCCUUCUGACCUUCAACUCAAACGGGCAAAGCUCCACUGCUGUUGGCAGCUGAAACAUCUGCUCCGUGGAUACCAGCACAUAGUAAAGCAGAGGCUUCAACACUCGGACAAUCUUGUCAGUUUCAUUCUGGAGUUCAAGACCGUCUUGGAGGUGGCGUUGAGGGGCCGUCCGGAGAGCCUCUCCAUCCCACCUCCCCAGUAUUACUCACAGCUCAUUACGGAGAUGGAGAUGCUGGGCUGGGACAAGUUGCUUUUCAUAGACUCCGAGUUCCGUACGCUGAGAUUGAAAGCCGGCGACUCUUCGGAGCGGGAGCACAUACUCACAGUUAAACUCAAGGCCAAGCACCCAGAAGAGAGUCCAGAAUGCUCGGCUGACGUGCCAGUUCCCUUGGACAUGGCUUGGACACCGCAGAGCACACUGGAGAAGCUCCACAGCCAGUUCAUGCUGGUCCUGGAAUCCCUGGCAGAGUUCUGGGAGGUGCUGGACGAGAUUGACCGUAGGACCUGGGUCCUGGAGCCAGAGAGACCAAGCAGGGCUGACACCAUGAGGAGGAUCGCAAUUGGGAGCAACGUGUCUAUCCGGGUGGAUGUGAAUCCCAGACACCCCAAAAUGCUACCAGAGUGCUGUCUGCUGGGAGCCGAACAUGUGGUGACCCCUCUUCGGAACAAGCUGAACGCCAACAUGCACAUGUGGAACCCGGGCUCCAGCGUCUUGCACAACCUCCAGGAUGUUUUGGAGAUAGAAUUCCCGUCACCUGCCACCCACGAAAAAUCUAGCUUCAGCGCAGAGUGUGGCAUCUGUUAUGCCUAUCGACUGGAGACCGCCAUCCCGGAUCAGGUGUGCAACGACCCGCGCUGCGGCCAACCCUUCCACCAGGCCUGUCUGUAUGAGUGGCUGCGUGCACUGCCAUCCAGCAGGCAGAGCUUCAGUGUGGUGUUUGGCGAGUGUCCAUACUGCAGCAAGCCAAUCACUGUAAAGAUGGCAGCACCACUAUCCUGAGGUUUGAGGAUUCCUCUUCCGUCUUCCACCACAUUCCAACCAACAUUACUACAUGGGAGCCACGGGCAGGACGGCCCACACGAUCCAGCUCUAGUGAUUCAUAUUUGUAUUACGGUUGUGCGCGUCACCUCAGUGUCUCAACACAAACUAAGAUAAAAAAGAGGGUUGCGAAAACGGUGCCGCAGACAAACAUGUUCCUCCAGAUGGUCCUCGCUAUCAAAUUGACACCGGGCUCCUCUCUGGGGACCCUGGGAGAUGGCUCCUCCCACUCCAGGAUGCCUCGGCCCCUCCCCCCUCCGUGGGGGAGGGGAUCGAGGAAGUGUACGUGCCUCCGGGCUGUGCUCACUGUCAGGGGUUUCGUGCAGACGUACCGGACGUCUGCCCUUCUUCCGGUGUGGAGUGUUGUCUGUUGAAUUGAGAUAACCAGUUUGACACUCCGGUUCAUUUUGAUGGACGCAAUGUUUUCCAACGUUUAAUAAUA